CGCAGACGCACACUGAGCUUUAUUGACAGCGUUUCAUGCCACAGACACAAUUUCUUAGCUCCUCGCUUAUCUGGAUUUGACAAGUCUAAAAACUCCUCACCAUGUCUAAAGGGACGGUAGUUCUUGCCUACAGCGGUGGACUGGACACUUCGUGUAUUCUGGUGUGGUUGAAAGAGCAGAACUACGAUGUCAUUGCAUACAUGGCAAAAAUUGGACAAGAUGAGGACUUUGAAGCUGCAAAGAUAAAGGCAGAAAAGCUGGGUGCAAAGAAGGUUUUCAUUGAAGACCUGCGGGCAGAGUUUGUUGAGGAAUUCAUCUGGCCCUCGAUUCAAGCCAAUGGCAUCUAUGAGGACCGUUAUCUGCUGGGUACAUCCAUCGCACGUCCCUGCAUCGCUCGGCGCCAGGUCCAGAUUGCACGCCAAGAAGGCGCCCAGUUUGUCUCCCACGGUGCCACUGGGAAGGGAAAUGAUCAGAUCCGCUUUGAGCUCACAUGCUAUGCCCUUUUUCCAGAGGUUAAGAUUAUUGCACCAUGGAGAAUUCCUGAGUUCUACACCCGCUUCCAAGGAAGAAAAGACCUGAUGAAAUAUGCCCAGACACAUGGCAUCCCUGUGCCUGUCACACCUCAGGCGCCUUGGAGUAUGGAUGCCAACCUCAUGCAUAUAAGCUAUGAAUCUGGAAUCUUGGAGAAUCCUAAGACCCACGCUUCACCAGGCAUGUACCUUAUGACCAAGAACCCUGAAGACGCUCCUGGAACCCCUGAUGUACUGGAGAUCGAGUUCAAACAAGGUGUACCUGUGAGGGUGAACAAUAUGAAAGAAGGUAUAUCCAAGGAAACACCACUGGAUAUCUUGACCUACCUCAAUGAGAUGGGUGGGAGACAUGGGAUAGGCCGCAUCGACAUUGUGGAGAACCGUUUCAUCGGCAUGAAAUCCAGAGGGAUCUACGAGACCCCAGGAGGCACCAUCCUGUUCCAGGCCCACCUAGACAUUGAAACUUUCACCAUGGACAAAGAGGUGCGCAGGAUCAAGCAGGGCCUGGGUAUCAGGUUCUCCGAGCUUCUCUAUAAUGGUUUUUGGUACAGCCCAGAGUGUGAGUUUUUGCGCUGCUGUAUAGCCAAGUCUCAGGAGAAUGUGGAGGGCAAGGUGCAGCUGUCAGUCUUUAAGGGCCAAGUCUACAUUCUCGGACGAGAGUCGCCUAAGUCCCUCUACAAUGAAGAGCUGGUCAGCAUGGACGUCCAGGGAGACUACGACCCAUGUGACGCGUCCGGAUUCAUCAAAAUCAACGCAGUCCGGCUAAAGGAGCACUGCCGUCUGCAGGGAUUAUCCGGCAACAAGAAAUAAUUCCCUGAUAACCCGGUGCAUUUUUUUUCCAACACCUCCAGUGUAUCCUCCACCCGUGUAUAUCCUCAGAAGUAGUGGAUUUAGACUAAUGUGCCCUUAGUAGUUUCUUACUUCUCUAACCUUAUCAUAUCUGUACAUAUACAAGGGCCAUUUGGGUAGCUAACAUAUUAGCGAUGCUACCGGAACGUUUUGGGAUUACCAGGUUACACAUAAAUUCAUUUUAUUUUACAUUAAAUCGACAGCAAAGCCAUUGAAAUAUGUAAAAACUAGAAGAUAUAAAACCCUGACAGGCUACCAAGAAUGCAGAUUUGAUGUUUAGGUUUAGAUCAGCUAGAAAUUAUUUUGGAUAGGGAUCUGAAUAAGUCUAUGUCCCUACAGUCUGUGAUCUCCCAUUUUCUGGGUAGGGUGUUUCUUCUUCUUCUUCUCUUGGAGUAACAGUUGGUCAGUACUAACAAUGAAAUGCAUUUACUUGCUGCUCAUUUUUACAAUAA